AAAUCCCCCUUUCUUCAUCUCCAUUGAUCAUUCUCCGAUCGACCCAAUUUCAUCGAUAAUAACAGCAAAUAGUUUGAUAGAAUAAUCGAUUUGAGCUUCCAUUUUAUUAACAAUGGCGUCUCUUACAACCUCUGCACCGCCUGCCGCCGCUACCAUUAAAGGCCUCGGCGGCAGUUCUCUCGCCGGAACUAAGCUCAGCCUCAAGCCUUCUCGCCUGAGUUUCAGACCCACUUCUUCUUACAGAGCUGGGGCGGUGGUAGCUAAGUAUGGUGACAAAAGCGUUUACUUUGAUUUGGAAGAUUUGGGCAACACCACUGGUCAAUGGGACGUCUAUGGCUCUGAUGCUCCAUCACCAUACAAUCCCCUCCAGAGCAAGUUCUUUGAGACAUUCGCCGCGCCUUUUACCAAGAGAGGAUUGUUGCUCAAAUUCUUGAUACUCGGAGGUGGUUCGACCCUUGCUUACUUCAGCUCCACCGCGACGGGGGAUGUUUUACCGAUCGUGAAGGGCCCACAAGAAAAACCGAAGCUUGGUCCACGUGGCAAGAUCUAGUUUGAUCACCAACCUCCAAAUCUUGUUAGCAUGCUUUAAGUGUAUAUCUUUGCUAUAACUUGUAAGUAUGUUGGAGGCUUGCUUCAAGACCUAUUCAAUUCUCAAUAUAUUUGUGUGUUUCUCUUUGAUUUUAGUAUGC